CAAUGGUCAAACAUUGAAGAGUGCUUAUUUCACUUCACACAGCAGCGCAACAUGGCCUUCAAGCGAAAACCGUCACCAUCAUUUGGAUUGGAGAGAAGAGUGCGGCCGAGGAGAGAGGAUGAGUGGGUAGAAGAGCCAGAGAGUGAAGGUUCCUCAAGUGAGGACGAUGAUGAGGUUGAGGAGGAGGGUAUUCGAGGCGGAUCUGAUGAUGAAGAUGACGAGGAAGAGGAAGUGCUGACUAUAUCAAAGCCCGAGCAAGACACACCAAAGAUAGACCUCUCAUCAGUCUCAUUCGGAGCUCUCGCAAAAGCACAAGCAUCACUACCAUCUGCUGGGCGCAAAUCAAAAUCGAAAAAAUCCACCGAUGAAGACGCUUCGAAAACAGAAACGCCAGCGCCCAGGAAAUCCACCAAAUCCAAGGACGAACCUAAGCCCAAACGAUCUUCCAAACACGCCCCCCAAGAACAAACCUCCAAGAAACCCGUAUCUCGUCGCCGUGAGAUCCUUCCCGAUAAUCGGCGCCAAUAUCGCGAUCCUCGCUUCGAUCCCCUAGUAGGCCGUGUUGACGAAGAAAAAGCCAGCAAAGCCUACGCCUUCCUAGACGAAUACCGCGACAAGGAGAUGGCCGACCUUCGCGCACAGAUCAAGAAGACCAAAGAUUCCUACGAGAAGGAUAAUUUAAAGCGCCAACUCCAAUCCAUGGAAUCUCGCAAGAAGGCCAACAUGCGAAGACAAGAGGAGGAGAGGUUGCUAAAGGAGCAUCGCCAGAAGGAGAAGGAGCUUGUGGCGCAGGGCAAGACGCCAUUCUAUCUGAAGAAGAGCGAGCAGAAGAAGCAGCUACUUGUGAACAGAUAUGAGGGUAUGAGUAAGGGACAGGUUGACAGGGCGAUUGAGAGGAAGAGGAAGAAGGUUGCUGGUAAGGAGAAGAAGGAGUUGGACUUUUUGCAACGGGGGUCUCGACCACGAGGAUAA